AUGUGCAAAAGGCACCAGGCGGUGGCUGAUGUCAUAGAGACCUUGCGCGGUGCGAACGAGGCCAAUAACCUGGACAAGGCCGCGGAGGAUUUGGUUGCGGCUUUUGAGCAGUGCGUGUUUGAUAACCCCGAGGUCAUCGGAUCCUCUGCUGGCGUGAUGCCGUACAUGUCGCUGUACCCACGACUGCCGGACGUCACGCGAUUCAAGGUCCGGGAGAAGAUGGUUGCCAAGGUAUUAGGUAUGUUGACCAAGAAGAGACCGGUCAACGCCGACCGUGCGUCAUUUUUCGCCUAUGCGGAUGCGUUCGCAGCACUAGUAAAGUUUGAGGCGGUGCCCCUGGAUGGUGCCGUACAGACCAUUAUUCGCCUGCUGGGCAAGCCCGAGACCAAAUGUGCGGGUAUAACCAUCCUUGCCAAGACUGUCGAGUACUGCGGACAGCAGCUGCUCCGCGCUCCGGAGACUCAUCUAGCCUCGCUCUGGCGCUCCCUGGAAUCGGUCAAGGAGGACGUCUUCCAGUACGACCUGGAAUACAUUCUGGGAACGCUGCACGCCUUGAUGCCGCCAGGCUCCCAGCUCCAGGGGGGAGAUCCCGCAGGCGGCACCGCCGCUGCCGCUGCCGCCGCAACGGCAGCGGCUGCAGCAGCAGCAGCAGCCGCCCCGGCUGCGGCCGCAGCUGCGGCGCCAAAGCAACCGGCUGCAUCAUCCGCCGCCGCGGCACCUCCUCCGCCCGCUGCUCCCAGCGCCAUGACCCAUCUGGGUUGCUACCAGGGCCACGGCGCCACCGUGUUCACUCUGUGCUACGAUGCGACUCACGGUCAGCUGUCCAGCGGAGGUCAGGACGGGCAGCUGCUGGUGUGGGGGCACGAUGGAACGCCCGUCAGCAGAAUGGACGUGUCGUCCCACUUCGUCUGCUCGCUGGACGUGCUUCCCCGCUCCGGAACCCUCCUGGCGGCCGCCGUAUCCAACCCCGAGGGGCCGCAUGCCGGCACCGAGCCGCCAUGCGUGCUGGGUUUCGCACCGCCCCCCGGCGGCAGCCCCGGCGUCCCACGGGUCGGUGCAUGGAGCCCUCGCGGUCGGUUGUACGGCAUGAACCGCGGCAUCAUCAGCUUUGUUCGGGCCCUGGGUGGCGAUGGAGAGAUCUUCGCACUCGGGGAAAAUUGUGAGCCGGCUGCGGCUUCCCGGGACGUGGUGUGUCUGUACGACGCCUCUCGCGGCGGCCCCCUGGAGCAGCUGACGCCGCUGGUGGUGUACAACGAGCACAGCGACAUGGUGACGUGCGGGGUUCCCUGGGGCGCUAAUCCGUACGUGUUCGUGUCGGGGGGUCGCGACGCGUCCAUCCGCGUGUGGGACCGCCGCAUGCAGCAAAGCGUGGGCAGCUUUGGGGAGACGAGUACCGCGCCGGGUCAGGUGAAGGCCCACAACGACAUGGUGACCUGCCUGGACACCACGGACAACCUGCUGCUUAGCUCCUCCGUGGAUGGCUUCCUGUGCAUCUGGGACUUCAGGCAGCUCAACAUGACCCACGGGUCGGUGGCGGGUCCCGUAGUCAAGUUGCAAAUUGACACGCAGCCCAUGCUCAAGGUUGCGGUCACCGGAGCGCCGCACUCUCGUCUUGCGGCGAUCAGCACCUACCAGGGCCUCUACGUGAUGGACUUCACCAACAUGACCGCGCCCAGCACCGUCAUGGCGCCGCCCUUCCCCGACGGCCGGCCCUUCAAGUACUACCACGACAUUCGCUGGGCGGGCGGCCCGGGGGUAUCUGGCCAGGCAGUCCUCUUCGGCGCCUCGGACGACCCGCGGAUCGAUGUCUUUGGCCUCGCGUUCUAG